AUGAGAGUCUCGGCGAAGCUUUGUAAUGGAGGUCACGUAUGUACAUUCCCAAAAGAAUGCUGCAGCUUGGGCUGCUGUAGUUAUUCGUCAUUUCCUCAGAUUGGAAACUCUGUCACAGAAAUGCUCAAAUUUCUGUUUUGGUACUAUUGGUAUCUGUGGAUCGCAGUACUUGUGGGUUUACUGAUUGCGGCGGCUUGUGGCUGUUGGCUUUGCCGCAGAAGACACGCAAACAUGAUGGAAGACGGAACAAUUUCUGAUCGUGCAUCCACUGGUUCUUGCUACCUUCCGCCCCAUUACAGUCGAUGCAGUUCUGUAGUGCAAGCAAUGCCACCACCUUACAAUGAGGUGACGGCGAAACCGGAUCUCUAUCCUCUGGUAAUCGGCUACGAUGACGGCUACGGGAAAGGGGCCUCCGGUCUGGUGAUGCGCUACUUCAGAUCGCUGUCGCACGCGAGCACCUUAGACUCCCUCAGCUCGAGCUUCAUGUGCAACGUCGUCAAUGAGGCCAACACCAUCAUACCACCUCCGUACUCCUGCAACAACAGCGUCGACGAGCUAUCAUCGGUCGGCGGCGGUGGAGCCACCGCUUUGUGCGGCGCAAUAGGUGGUGCGUACGAGCGACCGACAAACUUUGGGGAAGGUUCACUGGCUUCCUUGGCUAAUCAUCGCACUACCUCGGACGUCUCGAGCUUAGCUGCUCAGUCGCCGCUUUCGCCACCUAGAGCCACCAGCCCCACGAUAGAGCUGCGCGAGCUCCUGGACAAGAUCCACCAGUUGCCCCAGCUACCAGCCUCGCAACAGAACCGGCCCCAGGCCUUGUUCUCCCUGGGGCUGUGCCAGUACCCGGCAUCCCAGCGGCCGCCCAGUCCUUCGGUCGAGGAGCAGUCGAGCAGCGGCGUCUCCGCGGUCGUCGGGCGCAAAAAGCGCACUCGGGGCAAGACCUACGUCUCCGUUGGCCCACCGCCUCCACGGUCCACCAAAUCCACGAGGUCGUGGCUCUCGCGCUCGGCACCGACGACGCCGUCCGGUACCGCGGGCCCGGCUACCGGCUUUCACGGACAUCACCAUCUCCAUCUGGGCCAUCGAGCCGAUAUCGAAGCCGGUAAUAGACAGCAAGCAGUACCGCUCCUUCUUGCCGAGCAGGACGAGACCGAGCAAGCCAACGGAUCCGAGAACGUCUGAUGGACCAUCCGUAGCCCCGUCCCCGAUAUCGGUCGUCGCAGUCGGCGAGCGCUCGAGCGGACACAUGCCCUCGAUUCCUGCAUGACUUUUAAUAAUGGACAUUCUCAGCGUAUCAUAGACUUUUUCAAAUUAUCAUCGUGAGAUCGUCAGGUCCCUGGAUAGGCUAUACAUCGUAUGUGACGAUUGAAAAAAUGCAGGAUUGCUUGGGAUUUUUAGGAACGGUAGCCAAAGAUGGGCGCGGUUCCCGUAUCCUAGAAUUGCUUGUGUAAUACGACAGAUUCCUAUUUUUCAGUCUACCUAUUUAAGUAAUGGCAGGAUUGCCCAUCAGGUGAGACGCGUAGAUGCAACGGGUAUAUCAAAUUAAGUGUCCUUUGGAAUACGAAGAUUUCUGGCUCUUUAUAAACCUGCAUGAAUUUUUACAUUUACCUAAAGAAUGAGUAAAGAUACUUUUGCAGCAAAUGGAAUGGAAUCGGUUAGUACAUUUCAAACGCGUGUUUCUAUUUUAAAAAGUAUUACACCAGUUUUCGCUGUAGUUUAUGUAACUUAUAAAGUACGAUAUUUAACGGUGAUUUAGAACGUGAUAUGAUAAUCAGUGCCCAUCUCUGGUAUCGUCAAGGGAGAAAGAAGUUU